AGUCAUGGUUGUAAGAUUUCGUUUGGUUCUCAUUUGUUUUGAUUUAACUUUUGUCUAGUAUAGGAUCAGUCCAUCAUUGUUAGAAUGUUUUAGGCAUUUACUCUUUUUAAAUGUAUAAUGAAAUAUACAAGGAAUUUGACUGGAUCCAGAUGAUGUAUUAAUGUCAGUUGUUUAUGAUUGAUGGUUUACUUAAAGAGGAAAUCAUUGCCUCAACCUAGUUUCACAGCAUAUGACAUUUCAGCAAAACAGUGAGGCAGAAGCAACACACAGCACUUUCCUUGGAAAGAGAGAUGUGUUUUUCUCAGAUCUGUUAUGGGUGGAUGCUGUUGUCUUCAGUUUUUGCAUUUGGCGAUGCAGAAGUGAAUCACACUACAACUUUAUUUGUCAAUCAUGGAGAGUCUGCCAGAAUAAGAUGCAACUACAGCCGAACGGAUGACACAGAAAGCAUGACAGUGGAUCUGAAAACAUUAAAUCAUACACUUUGUUCGUAUUACUUACAUGAGAAUACAUGGAACAAACGAAACUGUAAAGAUCCCAUCAAAUUCACAUGGAUUCCAGAGACUAAAGAAAUAUCAUUUGAGCUCUUAAAUCUUCAAAUUCAGGAUACCGGCACAUACACCUGUACUGUGAGGAGGAUUGUAAAACCACCUGAAGUGGAUCUGGGAUUUCAAAAAGUUCAAGUUAUUGUGCGUCCCGCCUUGUCUCUGUCCUGUGUGAAGAGGCCUGAUGGAUCAACCUUGAUUCUGUGCUCUGUUGAAUUUUACAAUGAUCCUCUUGAACAGUUUUGGAUCAGACACGGAGACUUUCUCAACAGCUCGUUCUCAAAUAAAUCAUUCAACGGAUUCUUCAGUCAGCAAUCAUACCUUAUACUGCCACCACAGACCUUCAAUGAUACAAUCUACUCCUGCUGGUUAAAUCACUCCUCCUUAAACAAACCACUCAUGGUCAAUUUAUCAAGCUCUGUCUGUUACGAAAGUGGGGGUGUGACUGUGACAGUAGUGUUUGUCAUGUUGACAGUGGUGUUGACUGUCUUGUUGAUCACUCCAGUCAUAUGUAAACAUUACAGAAGAGCAAGUCAGUGGUCUGUGUCUCCUGCAGAAGUGAGUUUCAUACCUGAGCCUGUCUUCCAUGAUCACCUGCAGUCUGAGAUACUGUACUCAACACUGGGUAACCAUCAUCCGGUCCCGUGCAGCCCUGCCAUUGUCCCAUCAUUUGUACAAUAAACACUGAAUGAGCGCAAUGUUAGAUUUGUGUGCAUCUUCUUCACAACACCAAUACAACAAAAUUUAGUUAUGAGGCCAGUUGCAUGAACUGCUUAAACUUGUUUUAAAACAAUAACUCAUCUAAUUUGUUUUCUUCAUAACUUAAGUCAUUUACUAAAAGAUUGAUUGGUCGAAUUUGAAUAAAAAAGUAACACAAUUACUUCUUGGUUAAAUUCUAUUCGUCAAGCUCAUUAAGACAUGGUUACUAUAUAUAUGCAAAAGCAGUAUGUGACAAAAAGAAAUUACCUGGAUGACCUAAUACUUCCAGAAUAUUCUGAAAUGUGCAUAUGAUUGGCACUUUACUAAAAUUUGAUUGAUUUUAUUUGACUUAAAUUUUUAAACUACAUUUGUUAUGCAUCUCUUACAUGUUUCUGUUUGAGUUUGUUGUGUUUGAAAGUCAUUUAUUGUCAGGGCUGUAGCUGGGGUUUGUGGGGCCCCAGUACAGAUUGGACCAGUGGGCCCUGUUUGAAACUUUUACAUUAUUGUUUAUUUUGUAUGUUCGUUCUAUUUAAUAAUUUGUGCUAUUUACACAAUGUUUACGUUUUUCAAGUUUGUAGGUGUCCAGGGACAGAAACCGAAUAAUCUAAUGUAAAAUAGCACUGCAGUCUUCAUUGUAAAAAUGUAAAGGUCCCCUUCUUCGUGAUUCCAUGUUUUAAACUUUAGUUAGUGUGUAAUGUUGUUGUUAGAGUAUAAAUAAUAUCUGUAAAAUCCUAAAGCUCAAAGUUCAAUGCCAAGCGAGAUAUUUGAUUUAACAGAAUUCGCCUACAAAAAAACGACCCGUUUGGACUACAGCCCUCUAGUUCCUGUAGUAACGACGUCACUAAAACAGUUUUUUGACUAACCUGCCCACAUGAAUUCACAAACAGGGGGCAUGGCCUUGUUGCACUCCGACAGAGAAGAAGGAAGAGCUGUGUUUGUCGCCAUGUCUUUUGAAAUCUUUGUUUGGGCUUCCCAGGAAAGCUGUACUUGGAGAUUAAUGGUUACAAUUUAUGUUUAACUCGGUUCCGGAAAAUUAUAAUCCACAUGUAAAACUAUGUGCAGCAAAUUUUGCUGAGGACAGCUUGCUGAGGACAACUUUCUCAAUCAGUUUAAUGCCGGAUUCGCACAAAGAUUAUUCUUGAAAGAUGGAGCAGUUCCCUCUUUGUCUGGAGAAGGCGUUGUUUAUGGACCACAACCGGUAAGUGUAUUUUAUUAUUUAAGUUGGUGCGUUUAACAGUUUCUGUUACUUAUUACACAAAGGGCAACGCUGUUUAGCUUUGUUAACUAGAUGUUAGGGCUGUGCAAAAAAACGAAUGCGAAUUUCAUGCGCAUCUCGUCAGUAAAAACGCUCCUGUGACUAUAAAUACAUCUCCAGCACACACUCCUGCCCACUUGCUUCUCAAAACUAGCCCAGUCAUGUUUGCAGGAGGGCAGCGUGCUGUAAGCUGCUGUCGAAUCACAACACAGGAACCGCUGGCACAAUCAGAACUCGUUACGUAUUUCUGAAGGAGAGGCUUCAUAGAACAAGGAAGUCAUCAGCCUGUUUUUAUGACAGUGAAAACAGCGGUAUACAGAUAGGUGAAUUGUUUGAAGAAUACUGUGUUUUUUUACACGCGAAACAUGAACACAUGUUAUAUUGCACACUGUAAACACAAUCAAAACUUCAAAAAAGCGCAUAAAACUAAUAUAGUCAAAGCAGAACAUUUCUCACAUUAUCACAGUUUAUUAACUAUACUUUAGAUAAUCCCUUACGAAAAAUAACCAUGGUUUUAUUAUAGUUAAACUGUAGUAACCCAUGGUUUUUUGGCCCAUGGAGUGUUGACUUCCAUUUGUAUAACCACAGAUUUACUACAAAUACCAUGGUUAAACUAUGGUUAAUAUAGCAAAACCAUGGUUAAUUUGAAGUUACUAUGGUUUAACUAUAGUAACCAUGGUUUUUUGGUUUUAUUUGUAGUAAAACCACGGUUAAUUUUUAUAAUGGAUGGCAACAAAAUAUGACAAGAAGAGUCAACAAAUUCAUCUUGAUAAUGUCAGAUAACUUUGAUAGAAAGGUAUAUACAGUAAUGGAUUACUAUCAAUCAAAAAUUCAGACAACUGUUAGUAUGAAUAUAAUUACACAAUUAUCAAUACUUUGUUGACCAAUUACCAAGCAAAGCUUAAUUUUGUUCAGUCUGUUAUGUAAAAAGGUUGUAUUAGCAAUUAAAGAAAAAAAACGCUAAGGCUAGUCAUAGUCAGGUCUAGUAAAAAAAAAUAUAAAAAAUUAUACCUGGUGUUUGAACAAUUUUUGUUUUAACUGUGGAAUAAUUAUUGUUAAAUCUACAAAGUAAUUCAGUCAAGAGCAGUGAGUGAUUUUCUUUCUUUACAUUAAGGACAAACACUGCAGAUUGGGGUGGUCACUUUAAGAGACAGUGCAUCCAAUAUAAGGAAAUACAUCCGAUUUCUUUGUCCACUGGUUAUUUUCAUUUAAGACAUAAAUCUUUUUUGUGUAAUUUUUUUUCUCUCGAGAAUACCCUCCAAGAUGGGUGUUUUGACAUAAUUUUGUAUGUAUCAGCCGUGGGCCCUUAUAAUCAUCACCACCUUUCACCUCACUAGCGAUGGCCCUGUUUAUUGUACAAUGUCCAAUUUUUUCUCUGUAACCAUAUACAAAGUCAGAAAGUGUAUGAUGCUUAGUGUUUUAAAAUCUGUUCAGAUUACAAAGUUGUGUAGAGUUUUUCAACCUGAAUAGCUUCAACAAACAAAACUGAAGCCUAAAAAUAGCAUUAACAUUUUGUACAAAUAAACAUGAGGAAGUCACUUUGAAAAAGCUUCUGACAGCCUUAAGAUGCAACUGAAACUUGUUUGCAAAUGCAGGCAGUAAUUCAGUCUGAGUAUAUCAUCCAUGCAAUGUCUUUGUGGUCAUGAUAUAAUUUAUUCUAUUUAUUUCUUAUCGGCUUUUCACAUGUGACCUAAAUGACAGCGUCCUGCAGCACACAUGCUCACUACCUCCCACACUGUGUGGUUAAAAUAACUACACCUCACUGGUUUCUCAGUGCACAAAAGAAGUUAAAGGCAAAUGAGGUAUAGAGGAUAUUUGAUUUAACCAUUUGAUGUCCCUUAUGCUUUUAGACUGUCACAGCUGCAAGCCAUGGUGUUACUUCUCUAUUGUAGCUUGGACAAUGAGUAACGCCCCAUUUAUAUUUGUCCAGUGAAUGGAAGAAUGAAAGAGAAGAUAAUUUGUGAUUGGCUCUGGAUGAACAGAUAACAUUGUUUGUCACGUGGUAACUGCAUGAGAACACAUAGUGCUCUUGAUUGCCAUGUCUUAAGCUUUGAGUUAUUUUUAUUUCAGUCUACAAGACAGGUGCUAUCUCUGUACUACAUCAUAUUACUCGAGCUUGUGUCUGACUUGACUAAAAUUACGCAGCUACCUCAAACCAACAUCUCUUCUUCAUUUGCACCGUCAUGAGUUAGAACAGCAAGUGUCUGCAAAAUACAAAAGAGGAUGCCGUUUCUGAAAUUCACCAUGAUAUUAUCAAAGUGUUACGCUUUGACAACAUGUGUGUGGAUGCUUCUUUCUUUGUUUCCUGUGUUUAUAGCUGGACAUGCAUUAUUUAACGGUAUCUCGAUUCAGACGGUCCAUCGAGGAAUGUCAGUCAAUAUCAGCUGUAACUACAAACCAUCAAAUGACAGUGAUGGUUUCAUAGUAGAACUGCAAACUAAUAGCACAUUGUGCUCAGUGAUGAAAAAUAACAAUUCAUGGAUAAAUCAGUCAUGUAGAAAUCACAGUAGAUUUAUUUGGAUUCAGGAAACUGUGCAAAUGUCAUUUGAAAUAUCAAAUCUGCAGAUAAAAGAUACUGGCACUUACAAAUGUGUUGUGACAAGAACUAUACCACCUCCUUCUGUGCUUUUGAGAGAAGAAACAACAUUUGUUCAAGUGAUUGCACACCCAGUUGUGUCUGUGUCAGAUGUGAGUUCAUUGGGUGGAUUUCCCACAAUCCUGUGCAUCUCUGAGGGGUUUUACCCUUCAGCUCUAGAGCAGCUGUGGAUGAGAAAUGGAGCAUUUCAUAAUGCCUCAUUCACAAACAGCACUGACAAAACCAACCCUGAUGGAUCAUUCACCCUCCAUUCAUACCUGAAGAUAUCUGACCGUGCACACUACUCGUGUUGGGUAAACCACUCAUCCCUGAACAAACCAGCAAUAGUCCACGUGUCUCCUGAUUGUUACGGAGACAGAGAUAAAAAUGUAUGGAUAGCUCUGGCUACCUCUGCGCUGCUGAUUCUCACCAUACUGAUUAUCACGGCUGUGUGUAAGCAUUCCAGAAGAGCACAUCACAGGUCUCCUGUAAGAGUGAAUGUCACACCUGAGCCUGAUCUCCAAUCUCACCUGCAGUUUGACCUAUAUUCAUUGUUGGGUGACCAUCAUCCAGUUCCAUGCAGCCCUGUCGGAGUCCGCUCAUCUCCACAGUGAACACCAAAUAUUUAACAUUUAUAGAUUUUACAUUGAUAGACAUCCAGAUCCAUUUCUUGUAUGUAAUAUAUAGUUUCUAUAUGAUUAUUUAACCUCCCAUUUUGCUGCUUGUACUGUAUGUUGACAGAGUAUAUGACACAUACAAAAUAUAAGGCGUGUGAUCUUUGCCAGCAAAGGGAUACUCCACCCUCAAUUGAAAUCUUUGUCAUUAAUCUCUUACUCCCAUUUCAUUCCAAACCCAUAAAACUCUUUUUCAGCUUGGAAUAAAACUGAACCCUGCUUGCUUUCAAAGCAAUGCAACACUGUUAUACUAGACUUGUCUGAUCAAUGAAGGGCUUAAAGGAGACAACUGUUGUGACUGGCUUCUCACCGGAUGGAUACUGAUCAACAAAACAAAACUGUUAUUAAGGAGGCCUAUUUUAGUGAUUGAUUAAAAACAAAUGAUUUUCAAUAAGAGACGCUUUUCACAAACCGUGAUAAACACGUAUCCUAUACAAAAUAAUUAAUGUUGUACGUUUUAAAUACAUAGUGUACAUUUACACUAGCUACACUUUCUGUUAGCCUACACUGAAGUUCAAUUACAAAAAUGUUAACGCUGCUCCGAUGAGGUUUCUAAUAUCUAGUGCUGCUGAACUUAUCUUUUUUUCUUCUGGCUGUUUUCGUUCGUAUAAAAUUGUCAGUCAUAUAAAAAAAUAGAAUAGUAGACCAGUAAUGUAUCACAUUUCUAUCUUUGUUUUUUAUUAUUAUUAAUUCUGUCCUGUCUCUUUAUGUGUUUAUAGCUGGACAUGCAUUAUGUAAGAGUUUAGGUUCAUCAACGAAUGUUAGUCAAUAUCAGCUGUAAUUACAAAUCAUCAAGUUACAGUGUUGGUUUCUUAGUGGAACUGCAAACUAAUAGUAUAUUGUGGUCAGUGAUGAAAAGGAACAAUUAAUGGAUGAAUCAGGCAUGUAGAAAUCACUGUAUAUGCAUUUGGAAUCCAGAAACUGUGCAAAUGGCAUUUGAAAUAUCAAAUAGAAAGUAAACCAUCCAAUUCACUGGAGACUGCUUAAGGUGUUCCCCAAGGAUCUGUCUUGAGACCCCUUUUAUUUACCAUUUAUUUAAACAGUCUGGAGUAUGACAUUCAAGAUGCUAACCUUAAUUUUUACGCAGAUGAUACUAUCAUGUACUGUAGUGCUUCUUCUGGGCAGCAAGCCUUGUGUAAGCUUCAGUCAGCCGUUUAUAUUUCAGGCUCAAAAACACUUGAAAGUAAUUUAUUUAUCUUCAGACCUUACAAGGUACUGUGAUUGAAUUAGUAAAAUAGUACAAAUAUCUUGGCAUCAUUGUUGACAAAGUUUUAUCUUUAUUUGACUUCGGAGACGCAAAGUAUCAGUUUGCACCUUCAUAUCUUCUCUUUACUUUAGAUGCUGUUUAUCAUGGUUCUCUAUGAUUUAUAUCAAACUUUAAACCCUCAACUCAUCAUUGUGCCUUGUAUAACAGAGUGGGUUGGUCCUCAUUGUCUAGUAGGAGAAAAAUGCAUUAGUACUUCAUUAUUUACAAAGCCAUCUUGGGGAUGUUGCAUUCUUAUCUUUCCUGUCUUGUAAAACAGAAAACUGUUGAUAAAUAUUUUCUGCGUUCUCAAAACUAUAGAAAUUUGCUGUCUUUGGAUCGAUUUCAAGAAAUCACUUGGCAAAUGUAAGAUAAAUCAGUGAAAUGCAGUUGUUUUAAGUCUUUUAAGUUUGUUUGAAUUGUGUAAGUCUUUGAUGAAACUUAUUGUUGCUCAUCUUGGCCAUGUCACUCCUGUAAAAGAGAUUUUUAAUCUCAGAGAGUUUUUUUCUGGUUAAAUAAAGGUUAUUAUUAAAACAGAAAUCACAAAAUGGCAUUUGAAUGUAUUUAUUGAAUAACAGUGUAUCAUGGAUAUUAUAUGCUCUUAAUAAAAUAAGCAUUUUAUUGUAACUCUUAUAUUUCAUAUACUGUAGCACAACCCGUUGUGUCUGUGUCAGAUGUAAGUGCAUUGGGUGGAAUAACCACGAUCCUGUGCAUCUCUGAGGGGUUUUACCCUUCAGCUCUAGAGCAGCUGUGGAUGAGAAAUGGAGCAUUUCAUAAUGCCUCAUUCACAAACAGCACUGACAAAACCAACCCUGAUGGAUCAU